AUGAAAGUCGCCUGUCUCCAAUUCGCCCCGGAAGUGGGCAAAGUGCAAUCCAACAUCGAACGGGCAGAGAAACUUCUCCAAAGCACUCAUAUCCCCUCUGACCUCGACUGGCUCGUCCUCCCCGAACUCGCCUUCUCAGGCUACAACUUCCACUCUCUCGAGGAAAUCCAACCGUUUCUGGAACCCACCACCUCGGGCGUAUCAACGCAGUGGGCCAUCCAAAUCGCCAAACACUACUACUGUCACGUUACCGUGGGUUACCCGGAAAUCGCCACAAACGAGACACCAAAGUCGCAUUACAACAGCACAGUCACCGUCUCACCACAAGGAACGAUACUACACAACUACCGAAAAUCUUUUUUGUACUAUACAGAUGAGACAUGGGCAAGUGAAGGACCAGGGUCCCGUCAGCACACCCUAUCGGACCCCAACUCACCGGAUCCCCCAUUCUUCGUCGGCGAGCUGGGGACGUUGGGCAAAGUGACGCUGGGAAUCUGCAUGGACAUUAAUCCUUACAAAUUCACAUCACCGUGGUCGGACUACGAGUUUGCAAACACGGCGUUGGCGGCACAGUGUCCCAUCAUCUGCGUGAGCAUGGCGUGGCUCUGCCAUCUGACGCCUGCAGAACUGGCGCAGGAUCCAGCGCAGCCGGAUGUAGCAACCGUGGCGUAUUGGGUCGAGCGAUUCCAGCCGAUUGUAGAGGCGCUCGGAGAGAAGCCUAUAUACAUCAUCUUGGCAAAUCGGUGCGGGAUGGAAAAGGGCGUAUGUUUUGCGGGCAGCAGUGCGGUGAUGAAGAUUGAAAACGGGCUUGUCAGUCUGUAUGAGACGGCGGGGAAGAGCGAGGAGAAGUGCUUGGUUGUGGAUCUCGCAGAACGGCCCAAGUUUCAGGUCAGAAGUGCGCGAUAG